AUGUAUAAAUCAAUUUUCAAAACGACUGGCAGGUUGGGGAAAACAGUUUCUAGUCGUAACUUUGUUACUACAUUACCUAAACCAUUGGCCACCAGCUCAUCGCCAGCAACAAAUGCCCCAAAUAAAACAUCAAACCCCAAAACAGGGGAAUUACAUGUAUCAACUCCAGUAGACACAGCAAAGAUUUCCAUCGAGCCACCUGAAGGAUCGAGCAUAUCAUUAAAAUCUGCUUCUCGUGAUGCAUCAUUGUUUGGAACCCGUCCGAUUUAUUUGGAUGUUCAAGCCACAACUCCUGUAGAUCCAAGAGUUUUAGAUAAGAUGCUUGAAUUCUACACUGGAUUAUAUGGUAACCCACAUUCUUCAACCCAUGCAUAUGGAUGGGAAACCGACAAGGAAGUUGAAAAGGCAAGAACCUAUAUUGCUGAUGUGAUAAACGCUGAUCCAAAGGAGAUCAUAUUCACCAGUGGUGCCACAGAAACUAAUAACAUGGCAAUUAAAGGUGUGCCACGUUUCUACAAAAAGACAAAGAAACAUAUCAUCACGACUCAAACUGAACACAAAUGUGUUUUAGAUAGUGCCAGACAUAUGCAAGAUGAAGGGUUUGAAGUUACAUAUUUACCUGUUAGUUCAGAAGGGUUAAUCAACUUGGAUGAUUUGAAGAAAGCAAUUAGAAAGGAUACUGUGUUAGUUUCUAUUAUGGCCGUCAAUAAUGAAAUUGGUGUCAUCCAACCUUUGAAAGAAAUUGGUAAAAUAUGUCGUGAAAAUAAAGUGUUUUUCCACACUGAUGCUGCUCAGGCGUAUGGUAAGAUUCCUAUUGAUGUUAACGAGAUGAAUAUUGACUUGUUGUCUAUUUCUUCCCAUAAAAUCUAUGGUCCAAAAGGUAUUGGUGCCUGUUAUGUUAGAAGAAGACCAAGAGUGAGAUUGGAUCCAAUCAUUACUGGUGGUGGUCAAGAAAGAGGUUUGCGUUCAGGUACUUUAGCUCCUCCAUUAGUUGCUGGGUUUGGUGAAGCAGCAAGAUUAAUGAAGCAAGAAUCGCUGUUUGACAAAAGACACAUUGAGAAAUUAUCCUCUAAGUUGAAAAAUGGAUUGUUGUCAAUUCCAUCUACCCAAUUCAACGGUUGUAACGACGCCAAAUCUCAAUACCCUGGUUGCGUGAAUGUAUCUUUUGCUUACAUUGAAGGUGAAUCGUUGUUAAUGGCCUUGAAAGAUAUUGCUUUGAGUUCUGGGUCAGCAUGUACUUCGGCAUCUUUGGAACCAUCAUAUGUUUUGCAUGCAUUGGGAGCUGAUGAUGCCUUAGCUCAUUCUUCAAUUAGAUUUGGUAUUGGUAGAUUUACAACUGAAGCCGAAGUCGACUAUGUCAUUCAAGCAAUUAAUGAAAGAGUUGACUUUUUAAGAAAAAUGUCCCCGUUAUGGGAAAUGGUUCAAGAAGGUAUUGAUUUGAAUACAAUUGAAUGGAGUGGUCAUUAG